UGGCUCUAGCUAACCUCAGAAAUACCGAAAUGCAAUUUUCUCUCUCUGUAUGCCAAAGUUUUAGAGCAGAACAGUAGAGAAAACGCUAAUCAGGUCUGGCAACAAAUUUCAACUUAGCCAAAGAAACCUUGAUUCAUGUCGGAAUUCACUGCCUUAUUCCGAUCCUGGGUUUUUUUCUCCAAAUAGGUAAUUUUUUUUCCUGUAUUAAACCGGGUUACGCUCAACUGAAUUUUUUUUUUUAAAUGGAUGAUCAAGCUAGUAAAGGGGUUUAAGCCACUCAACAUGUUGAUAAAACUACUUGACAGAGUUUUCGAAUUUAGAGCCAGUCAAAACGCCUUUUUAUCAGAUGCUGAAAAACCAACUAGAAGGAUGGAGCAUCUUCCUCAUGAUGUUGUCCUUGACAUACUAUCUAGGCUUCCUAUAACAACUUUGAUGCAAUCAAAGUGUGUAUGCCGAGCCUGGCGAAGCAUAAUACAAAGCUCACUACUUGCUAAUAAGCAUUUAUCACAUAUGACUGAGAAUGAUCCAGGCAUCAUCUUUCAAAGUCAUUGGCCUAUUCAAAAUCAAUACUACUUUGUAGAUUUUGCUGCUUACACUGAAGGAAACAAGAUCUUGAAGAAAAUUUCUGUUUCAACAGAGCAUGCUAAUUUGGUAGGUUCAUGCAAUGGCCUGCUAUGCUUUUGCAAUUCUUCGCAAAUCCACAUUUGCAAUCCUUUAACCAAAGAUGCCAUAGAGCUGCCAAAAUUAUUAAGGGAUCCAGGAGAAGUGGGAAUUUUAGGAUUUGGUUUCAGUCCAACCACAAAGGAAUAUAAACUGGUUGAGAUAGUUUAUCAAAGAAGAAGGCCAGUUUACCAAAGAAGAAGGCCUAUAUUCAGCACUCAUCUUGCUGCAUCUAACUCAUUUCAAUCUGAGGUUCGAAUUUUAACUCUUGGUGGCUCCAGAUGGAGAAGUUUAGGGAUGGUACCUUACCGAUUUAUCCGGCAACCAUCACAGGUUAUGGUCUGUGGGAGACUUCAUUGGAUCUUUCAACCUGCCAAAUACAAAAUGGAAAACCAGAUCAUAUCAUUUGAGCUAACAGCUGAACAAUUCCAGGAGGUCCCUAAACCUGAUUGUGGGAGCUUAGACAGGUGUUUUUAUGAACUGAUGGUUCUUCAAGGUCAUCUCUCUGCAGCGGCCUCCAAAGCUAUUGGGGGAUUAGAGAUUUGGGUUAUGAAGGAAUAUAAUAUGAAAGAUUCUUGGAUCAAAGAAUUUAACAUUGCUAGUUUCCUGCCAAAAGAAUUGCAACAUAUCAAUGCAAGUACCCGUUUCCCUAGAUCAUUUUUCCGAGCUAUAUGUGGUUUCAAAAGUGGUAAGAUCUUACUGGAGCAUAGAAGCAAAGCACUUGUUCUCUAUGAUCCAGUACAUGAAACAUUUGAGGAUCUCACGUUUGAAGGAGCACCAAAUUGGUUUAAAAUGGUUGUUCAUGUUGGCAGCCUGGUCGGUAUCUAAGUACUAAAAUAACAAAGAAACCGUUGUUUUCUGUGGGUUUCUCCUUAUUGAAUCUGAACUUUUGUUUUGUGAUAAUCUGUACUGCCUUUUUAAAUGACUGUUCAACUUAUGAGUUUUCUUGCAAUCUUUUGUUUCUAGGAAUUACGAUGAUGCUUUUGAAUCAUCCAUGUUAGAUUCUAAUGCUUGUACUUAGCUCCUGAAACUUUUUUUUUAUGCCCUCCAUGUUAUCAUUAUUAAUUGUAUCUUUCUGAAUAAUCGGUUAAUUGAUGAAGCCAUCACUAUAUACAUAUAUAUAUAUAUAUAUAUAUACACACAUACCUAGACUAGACUCAAAGCCUAAAGGAAACUAGUGCCUUAUUUUGAAAUGAGUCAUAAUCAACUUCCAGAAGUAGUAUUAGAGAAGUUGACAAAUGUGGUUACAACAUUAUGUGAAUGUUAAAUACUGAAGAAGUAUAGAGACUUUCCGGUCUUAAGUUCUUUAACAUACGUUUUCAACACAAUUUUUUCUGUGGAACUUAUUCACUUAUUCAAUUGAUAAGAUUUGUCUUUUCUUUCAAAUAAAUAGUUGUUAGUGGAGUCUGCUAAUGAGAAAACAUGGUGAUAGGAAGAGAAAGCUCGAAGAAUAUUCCACUCAAGGUCGCUUGGCAUGCUAUCAACACAACUGAUAACAGCUAAAACGACUGCUCAUAAUAUGAUUUGCUCGAUUAAAGUUUGUAUAAGAUUCCGGGAACUGCUUAGAGCAAUUGCAUAGUGUGCCUGCAAAGCCGAAAACUAUCCAAGUUUUAUCUUCUUAGUAUCUAUACAAUAACUAGCUUAACUAUUCUAACAUCUUCACUACGCCGAAGCAACAUGGAAGUGAAGACAAAUAAGCCAUGAUGCUCAACUUGAUAUGGUAUUCUAUUGUUAUUGUUUGUACUAAGUUCGGACUGGGGGGGGAAGAGCUCAAAGAUAAGCUUUGAUGCGCCAAAUGCUGGUGCCGAGCUCCGACCUGAAGGUGUCCCUAUGAAUGUAGAAGAAAAGGAUAAUUAAAGGCAAAAACAAGAGGUGUUCCCUGCAUUUGUACUCCAAUGCGCAAGUCAAUAAGGAUCAAGUCGACAAAAAAAUAGGAAUGAGAGAGAGAAGUGAAUGGGAUCAACUUGGCUUCUUGGUGCUUGAGUCUUCGUAAUUAUAGGUAAGUUGAAGGUGACCAUAAGAGGAUAAUUAGGAUAAGCCCGAGCUGAGGUGGCACUGACCAUGUUAUGUCAGGUCGGCACAAAUGACAAAGAUAUCUCUUAUUGUUUGGUGAAGGCUUUGAAAAGAGAAAAGAUCACUAUAUCAUUUUGACCAUCAAAUGCCCCUAACACCAUACAUCCUAUCAAGUGGUCUGAGUAUCAGAUCACCAAAUUUAUUACCCAUGUCCCUGGUAUAGGACAAUUUAAUUGAAGUAACAGAUUGGCAGCUUGGUUCGUCGAAGGCUGACAUUGCAAGGGAAGGUCGAUUUUGGACAAUUGUAAACACCCAUCUGUG